AUGGUUUUCCAUAAUAUCAGGUAAUGGAACCACGAAUUGUGCUAUAGUCUACCGAAGAAUGGAAACGCUCGUACAUGCAGGAGUUCCGGCUUUUUUACUUGCAGCACCUUUCCGAGCUUACAUUCUAACACAUUCUAAAAUGGAAAAUGGAAACUUAAGGGCUCAUUACACUAAGGCAUUCAUUCGUGCAGGAGAAGUUCUUCGACUGGUAGCAAUCUUUCAAAAUGCACGACGUUGCACAAUAUCUUUUAAUAUUGUAGGUAAUUUAUCUGACCGUGAUCAAUAUGCACAAUGCCUUGAUUCUCACGGACGUGAAAUUUUCGCACCAUUUUCUGCUCGUGGCGAAUUUUAUGCUGUUUGCCAAAAUGACGAUUCUUCAAGUAACAUCAAUACAAAUAGUGAUACACUACUUUAUAAGGUGCAACACUUGGCGAAGCGGCAAUUACCACUUCGAGUGCGACUGAUAGCGGGACCCCUGCCGAUUCCGUUACCUCGUGAAUAUGGUGGUUUAAUGCAACUUGAAUCAUCCACACGAGGUCCAAUCGUGUUGGGAUGUUUGAUACCCGAAAUACCAAUCUACGAUCCAGAGAUGCUUGAACUAUUGGUAACCGGAAAGAGCGCACCUAGAGUUCGAAGAGCAAGGAGCCAGACUUUUAACGUCUCAUAA